AUGUCAGGUUCGGGAGAGGCAAAGCUGAACCAAUACAGUUACGAUGAGAUGUCUAACAAAGUGAUUCGUAACUCACACAGGCCGCGACAAGAUGAUGAAAAGUACAAUCCAUCUUCAUUGAUUGGACACAUUUCCGUUCUGGAAAUGGGGAGUCGAGUUUCAAAAGGUAGCAAUAGCGACAGAGAAAAGAAAUCAAGCUCGUUGGUGAAAAAGUCAGCAAAUUCUGGAGAACCCAAAUCCAUUGCACAGUAUACUUCAGCAUAUGAGAACAUUUCGUAUCAGCCUACGAAUGAAGAAACGGGACACAUAUUCGACCUCUUGAUGGCGGAAGUGCGACAGGUCUUGCCUGAUUCAAACCACGAAGUCGUUCUAUCAGCGUCUGACGCAAUUUUGGAGAUUUUGAAAGAAAAAGACCUGACUGUAGGAGAGAAGAAGAAACAGAUAAUAGAGCUUAUAGACUAUCAGAUUUCUGACGUUCAAUUGAACGAGUUGAUAAACUUAUCGAACCGAAUUUAUGACUAUGAUAUCGGCCAUGUUGAUUUAGAAAAUACUGCUAACGAUGAGUCUCCUGACGAGAUCGUAGCGGUAGAGUUUGACAUGAGUGAUGACGAUGGAGAAGUUGAAGAGGACAUUCCUGAAGAAAUAGAAAAUGAUCACAACAAUAUAAUAAAUAGAGAAGAGGAAGAGAAUGACUCUCAGGCAUUAACCAACGAAGUUAUAAUAGCCGAAUCUACAAAGAAGGAAGCAGAAGAUUAUACACUUUCGAUAAAAGAUAUCGAUGAGUACUUCCUACAACGGAGAAUACUGAAAUUAUUCGACAGUGCAGAUGCUGCCGAGAGUCUGGAAAAGGCAAAGGAAGUCUAUAAGAUUAUGAUUGACAAGGAUGUGUCUGACCGAGACUUAGAGAACGAGAUUAUGGAGUUGAUGGAUUAUGACCAUUUUGAUUUCGUCAGACUUUGCAUAGAAAACAGAUGGAAGAUUGUAUAUAGAAUACAGCUAUUGCAAGCUGAAGACUCCGAUGGAGAAAAUAAGCUAUUUGAGGAGAUGAAAAAGCUUGGAUUAUCUGACUUGGUAGCCGAAUUUGUCGAAGGAACACAAAAGAAACGAAGGCUCUCUGAGGCUGAAGAUCCGACAAAAGGUAAAAAGAUUAAAAGUGAAAAGAAAACAAGAGAACCAAAAAUUGUUGAUUUGGAUGCUCUUUCAUUUGACCAGGGUUCAAGGUUGAUGACCAAUACUUCAAUAAAAUUACCCCAAGGAUCGUAUCAACAGAAUAAGAAAUCAUACAACCUGAUCUACAUCCCACCACCUAAUCCUCCGCCUCAGGAAGAAGGGGAGAAACUAGUCUCUAUAGAAGACUUACCACAAUGGGCAAGAGUAGCAUUCCCAACUACAGAAACAACCCAUUUAAACAGAGUACAAUCCAAAGUGUUUCCAGAAGCAUUCCACUCGGACAGAAACCUUCUACUUUGCGCUCCAACUGGUGCGGGUAAAACCAAUGUAGCCAUGUUAUCUGUGCUCAGGACAAUCAACAACUAUAGAAACGCAGAAACAGGAAAAAUUGACCUUAAAAAUUUCAAAAUAGUCUACAUCGCACCAUUGAAAGCUUUGGUUCAAGAACAAAUGCGUGAAUUCCAAAGAAGAUUAACUUCCAAUUUCAACCUUGUUGUCAACGAAUUGACAGGUGACUCCAGCUUAUCAGCUCGUCAGAUCCAUGAGACUCAGGUCAUUGUCACGACUCCUGAAAAGUGGGAUGUAGUAACAAGAAAGAAUGAUGUUCCCUACGUUAAACUUGUCAGAUUAAUAAUCAUUGAUGAAAUCCAUUUGUUGCACGACGAAAGAGGGCCAGUUCUUGAGAACAUUCUAAGUAGAACUUUGAGACAAGUAGAAGCUACGGCUGAGCCUGUUAGACUUAUUGGACUUUCUGCUACCUUGCCUAACUACAAAGAUGUUGCACAAUUCCUCAGGGUUGAUCUUCAAAAGGGUUUGUUCUACUUCGAUGCUUCGUACCGUCCUUGUCCUUUAGAGCAACAGUUUAUUGGUAUCAAGGAAAAGAAGGCCAUCAAAAAAUUAACAGCCAUGAACGAAGCCUGUUACGACAAGUUGCUUGAAUGCAUAACAAAAAAACAUCAACUAAUCAUAUUUGUACACUCUAGAAAAGAUACUUUUAAGACAGCCAAAUGGCUCAAAGACAAAUUGGAAGAAGAUGGAAAGUCGUGGAAUACUGAAGUUAGUACAGCAGAAAUCUUGAAACAAGAGGCCAAUGGUUUCAAGGAUUUAAGUUUGAAAGAAAUAGUGCCAGGAGGAAUAGGAAUUCACCACGCUGGUUUGAUCAAAGGGGAAAGGAGUGUGGUUGAAGAUUUGUUUGCUCAGGGCCAUCUUCAAGUUCUUGUUUCUACUGCUACGUUAGCGUGGGGUGUGAAUUUGCCUGCUCAUACUGUUAUCAUUAAGGGUACAGAAACUUACUCCCCUGAAAGAGGAACCUGGAUUCAAUUAUCACCUCAGGAUAUUUUGCAAAUGUUGGGUAGAGCUGGUAGACCUAGAUAUGACAAAAGUGGAGAGGGUGUUAUAAUUACGUCACAAGAUGAUAUCCAAUACUACUUGGCCAUCCUCAACCAGCAGUUGCCCAUUGAGUCGCAACUAAUGAGCAGAUUGCCUGAUAGUGUAAAUGCUGAGGUUGUUCUUGGUACCAUUAAAUCAAGAGAAGAUGCUGUGAGCUGGCUAGGAUACACCUAUUUGUACAUUAGAAUGUUGCAAACCCCAGCAUUGUAUCACGUCGGUGCUGAUUAUGGCGAUGACAAGAUACUUUAUGAGAGAAGGGUAGAUUUGGUACACAGUGCUUUGACUAUUCUCCAUGAAAGCAAGUUGAUCAUUUACGAUGAACUUAGUGGAAGCGUUAAGUCAACCGAGCUAGGGAGAAUAUCAUCGCACUUCUACAUCAACUACGACACAAUUAAAUUGUACAACACUCAAUUGAAGUCGUGGUUUUCUGAAAUCGAGAUCCUCAAAGUUUUCGCUUCUUCAGGAGAGUUCAAGUUCAUUCCUUCAAGACAGGAAGAGAAAUUGGAAGUGGCCAAGUUGAUGGAAAAAUGUCCUAUUCCUAUCAAAGAAAGACCCAAUGAGCCACUUGCGAAAGUAAACAUAUUGUUGCAGACUUACAUUUCCAACUUGAAGUUGGAUGGAUUCGCGUUGAUGGCGGACAUGACAUAUAUCUCCCAGAAUGCAGGUCGUUUGCUAAGGGCAAUGUAUGAAAUCGCUUUGAAGAAAGGUUGGUCCUCGGUUUCGAAGACUCUUCUCAACUUUUGCAAAAUGGUAUCCCGUCGAAUGUGGACAGCCAAUUCUCCAUUCAGGCAAUUUGGAGCGUUCGUUUCCAAAGAUAUUGUUAAAGCAACAGAAAGUUCACAUUUACCUUGGCUAAGCUACUUUACUUUGGAUGCCGCUGAGCUUGCCGAAGCAAUUAACUUUAAGGGUAAUAGUGGGAAGGCAUAUCAGCUCUUGCAGAAAUUUCCUAAGCUCUCUCUAAGUUAUUACUGUCAACCAAUUACUUCAAGUUUGGUCAGAGUUCAAAUCGAAGCCAUCGCCAACUGGGAAUGGGACUAUGAAAUACAUGGCAAUUCCGAGAGUUUCGUAGUCCUUGUUGAGGAUUGUGAUGGCGAAAAGAUCCUUUACGCAGACAAAUUGGUUAUCAACGAAAAGUAUGCUGGCCGCGAACAUUUGAUUGACUUUGUUGUGCCAAUUUUGGAGCCUGAUCAGCCGGCUUACUUCGUCAGCUUGAUUAGCGAAAAAUGGAUACAAAGUGAAUGGAAGAUUCCUAUUGUUCUUUCAGAUUUGAGAUUUCCGAAGAAAUUCCCUAGUUUGACGGAGCUGAUAAAAUUGCAAAAUGUUCCUACAACAUCUUUGAGGAAUCCACAAUUUAUCGAAUCAUUUGAAUUUUCUUAUUUCAAUAAAUUCCAAUCUCAGAUUUUCCCAAAUUUAUUUGGAAGUAAUGAAAAUAUCUUCAUUGGAAUAUCUAAAGGUGGUGGUAAAACUGUUUGUGCCGAGCUUGCAAUUUUGAACCAUUGGAAUGAAGCUGGUGGCCGCAUAGUAUACUUAACACCAAAUAAGAGCAAGAUCGAAAAGCUUGCCAGGGUUUGGACUAAAAAGUACAACAACUUAGAAAAGUCUGUUUCGAAACUAUCUGGUGAAGUUGCUAAGGAUGUUUCUGUUCUUGGAUCGAACCAUUUAGUUCUUGCUACUCCAGUACAGUUCUAUCGUCUUUCUAAUCGUUGGAGACAAAGAAAAGCAGUACAAGCAGUCGAUUUGAUAAUCGCUGAUGAUCUUCACACACUCGGUGCAAACCGAAAAGGGUCUAUGUACGAAGUUGUCCUUGCAAGAAUGAGAUUCAUUUCUGCUCAGAAGCAAACGAACUUAAGAAUUGUAGCACUUUCUUCUUCGGUUGCUAAUGGUAGAGACAUUGGUGAAUGGCUUGGAUGUGCAAAGAAUAACAUAUUUAAUUUUGAUCCGAAGGAAAGGUUCAAUGAAAUCAAGGAAAUUGAAUUACAAGCAAGCAGCGUUGAAAGAAAGGAUUUGGUAGUUUCUUCAUUUUUAAACCAAACAUAUGACUUUUUGAAACUUGACUCAGAAGGAAAAAAAAUUGUCUUUGUGCCAUCAAGAAAGCACUGUAUUGAAAUUGCAAUUGAAUUUGUACAGAGAGCUAGUCUUGACAAUUUGCAAUUGUUGAAAGUCGAAAUCGAAGACUUGAAGCCAUAUUUAAAGAGAGUAACCGAUGAAACUAUUAAAGAGAUGCUUUCAUAUGGGGUUGGCUGCUACUACGAAGGGAUGAAUGCCACGGAUAAGGUGAUUGUGGAAAAAAUGUUUGAGAAUAAUGUUCUCAGUAUUCUUUUGGCCGCAAAAGAGACAUCCUCAUACGCCCCAGCUGCAGAUGGCAUAGUUGUUCUAAGCACGCAGGAGUACGAUGGCAAGGAGCAUCGUUAUAUUGACUAUUCUGUUAAUGACAUAUUGGAGAUGGUAGGUUGUUGCAAGAAUGGUUUGAUCAAUCAAGGAAAUGUAUUGAUUCUCACCAACGAAUGUAAGUUGAAGUUCUACAGCAAGUUUUUGAAUGAGCCAGCUCCUGUUGAAAGUUAUGUACCUACAAUGGUCCAUGACUUAUUUCUCAGUGAGAUCAGUUGCAAAACAUUCACGUCCAAACAAGAUUGCAUGGAUUGGUUUACAUUUACCUACUUUUACCGUAGAUUGCAAAUUAAUCCAAGUUUCUAUGAUGCAAAAGACACUUCUCAAUUGGGCAUCUCUGAAUUCCUUUCUGAAAUGAUUGAAUCUACACUUUCAGAUUUGGAAGGUGCCAAAUUGAUUGAAUUUGAAGAAGAUGAAGAAACGAUUGUUCCUUUGAAUGGCGCUAUGAUAGCUGCUCAUUAUAAUGUCCUGUUCAAUUCUAUGAAGUUAUUCGCUGGUCUUGACAACCGUGUGAAGUUGAAGGGUAUUUUACAGGCCAUCACGUCCGCUGAAGAAUUUGAGUUGAUUCCUGUCAGAUAUAAUGAGGACAGUAUUCUUUCCAGAAUCUAUAACAAGGUGCCAUAUAAGGUAGAUGAUGAAAAUUAUGAAUCUCCGUUCUUCAAAGCUUUUAUUCUCUUACAAGCGCACUUUUCCAGAAUCCCACUUCCAGUUGAUUUACAAAUCGAUCAAAAGAUUGUAUUGAACACCAUCUUGAACUUGCUAUAUGCAUGCAUUGAUACACUUUCUAGUGAAGGUUACUUGAAUGCUAUCAAUGCUAUGGACUUGUCACAAAUGGUGGUUCAAGCCGUAUGGAACAAUGAUAGUCCUUUGAAACAGGUUCCAAACUUCACCAAUGACAUCCUCAAGAGAUGUGCAACGUAUAAGGUUGAAACAGUGUAUGAUAUCAUGUCUCUUGAAGAUGAUGAAAGAGACGACGUCUUGCGAUUGGAGGGGGAUAAACUCAACCGUGUGGCUGAGUUUGUCAACAAGUAUCCUAACAUAGACAUGACCUACGAGCUUGAUGUUAGUGAACCAAUUGUCGCCAAUGAGCCCAAGCUUAUUACCAUUAAACUUGAAAGAGAUGAGGAGUUGGAUGACCUAGAUGCAAUUACCGAUUUCUAUCCUGGCACCAAGGCUGAAGGAUGGUGGGUCGUUAUAGGAGAUGCUGCUACUAAGCAAUUGUAUGCGAUCAAGAAGACGACCAUCAAGCAGCAAUCACAGCAAUUGCAGUUGGAGUUCACCGUUCCUACUGCUGGCCACCACGAGCUUACGUUAUGGUGUAUGUGUGAUUCGUAUGUUGAUGCUGAUAAGGAGGUUGGAUUUAGCGUAGAUGUAGAACCAGAGGAUUAG